UCUAUAAGGGCGGAAGUGGUGCAAGGCAAGGGGUGAGAAGGGGGAAUUGUGGUGACAGGUUGGCGGAGGAGAGCAGGGAGCGGUGCCGUGUGGUUUCAAGAUGUCAGAACAGUCUGUCCUUCUGCUCAGGAAGCAGCUCGCAGAACUGAACAAGAACCCUGUUGAGGGAUUUUCUGCUGGACUGAUAGACGACAAUGAUAUCUACAAAUGGGAGGUGCUACUUAUUGGACCACAGGAUACUUUAUUUGAGGGCGGAUUCUUCAAAGUGCACCUUACCUUCCCAGUUGACUAUCCUCUGAGGCCUCCCAAAAUGAAGUUUAUUACUGAAAUCUGGCAUCCUAAUGUUGCAAAGAACGGUGAUGUUUGUAUAUCCAUUCUACACGAGCCCGGUGAAGAUAAAUUUGGCUAUGAGAAGCCUGAGGAACGCUGGUUACCCAUUCACACCGUGGAGACCAUAAUGAUCAGUGUUAUUUCUAUGCUUGCUGACCCAAACAGUGACUCUCCAGCCAAUGUAGACGCUGCAAAAGAAUGGAGGGAAGAUCCAAAUGGUGAAUUCAAAAGAAAAGUUGCUCGCUGUGUUAGGAAAAGUCAAGAAAUGGCAUUUGAAUGAACAAUGGACGACGAAGAAAGUCAACUGAAGAGCAAUAGCAUUCGCAGGCAGAAGCAGGACUCGGCCCACAGCGCGUGGUGCUUCACUGACCUCUGUUUUACCCUCUGGGCCGUUUACUUAUGGUUUAUUUUAUAAAUUAUAUAUGAUAGACUACACAUUUUUUAAAUGCAAAACCUGCAGAUUGGUUUUCAAUCCGACCAGGAGUUCCUUAUUUAUUCAAAAUUAUAUUUUUGCAUAUGUCUUUAUGGUUUAAUAAAGCUGGUGACCUCCUUUACAGCACUAGUCUUUGCAUUGUGAAGGUGUCUUGGAGUGAAACGAUGAGUGUUUCACAUCUGCUUACAGGAAACCUUGCCAAAACCUUUGGCUUUAAAUGCCUUUCACUCGUGGCCAUAGAAAAUCUCCUCACAACAUGCUUCCUGGCUACUAACAUCAGAAGUUCAAUCUUGGUCAUACGCAUUGGCUUUUGCUACGAUUUAUGGAAUUUUUUUUUUUGGAUGUUGGAACCCUUAAAUGAGACGGAAGACUCUUGCAUCGCCCUUGGACCUCUUGAUAGACUAGACACUUUGAAUCCUUUUAUAUUAACCUUAUGCUGUAUAAUGUCUUUUUGUGUAAUUUGUUCUUGUUUUGUGAAACAACCAUUUGGUUACAGAAUUAAACUAUUUUUGAGAUGU